CUUAGUGACAAAAUGGAUGCCAGAAUGCUAUGCGAAACUGGCUGAAGGAGUCUAGGAUAUUACGGACUGAGUGUUGCUUGUCACGGCACAUACACCAUGCGGACAUCAUAAUAUUGCAGGUACUGUGUAUUUCGACGUCACUUUGCUGUGCUAUUGAACCAGGCUGUCAAUUGGAUAAUUAAGACUUGGAACAAGUGGCCCCUGGAGCUGGUCCUCUGACAUGUGGCAGAACUUCCCGGACGUCAAACCACCCAUGUCAGGAUUUAAGAGAGGCUUGUUUUUUGUGGUCAUCAAGAAUCAUCUUAUCUAACUCGACAAAAAUGGCGAAAUUAUUCAAUAACAUAUCUGUGGAUUUUAUGAAUGACUAGGUAUCAGUUUUGUUUUUCGAAGUGAGGUUUAUCAAAUCCAAAAUGGAAUUCCUUGGAGCAUAAUGAAAUUUCACCAUGUCCAUGGUAAAGCCAUCGUCCUGUCUGAUGACAGAAAGCAAGCGACGAGGUCAGAGGCCCAUUUUUGUAAUGGGCUAGUGUUCGGUGACCAGGCCAUCAAGGUCGGCCAAAAGCUCUGCGUGGAACUCACCUGUGUUUCAUCAUGGAGUGGUGCUCUUCGGAUCGGAGUCACCACAAACGACCCAAACAAGUUGACCCAGGCUGACCUCCCAAAAUUUGCAUUUCCUGAUCUGCUGAAGAAGGAAGGCUACUGGGGUCGGUCUGUGAACGAGAACCUGACCGCAUCCGGCACGCGUGUGACGUUCUAUGUGACGACAGAGGGACAUCUACAAGUGUUCAUUAACAAUGAACACAAGGGGGUGUACCUGUCACGACUACCCACCAACAGGACACUCUGGUUGUUCCUCGACAUCUAUGGCAACACAAAGGCAACAAAGUUUGUCACACCAGAUGACGCUCCGAAGGAAAUUGUUGCCCGUGGCCCGGAGGCAAUGGAAGCGUAUGAAAAGGCGUGUUCAACUGGAACCCAGCCGGUGUUUCGCACACGUCUCAUGCUUGUGGGCAAGGAUAGAGUGGGCAAAACUAGUCUCAAGAAAGCCCUGACAGGUCAAAGCCAUAACACAGCCGAGGAGAGCACAGAUGGGAUCGACCUGUCUGCUUCCUGCUCCUUUAACCUCAACAACCGAUCGUCAUGGCAACUAGCAAUCAAGGGGGAACAACCACCCGAAGCAGAAAGUGAUGAUGAAAAGAAAAACUUGGGUAUUCUUGGUGGAAGUGAGGGUCUAGAGGAGGAGUACCACAAGGCACUUGCCACCAAUAUUGUCCAGGAACUGCUGUAUCAGAAACGUCAGAAAGAGGCUGUAACCAAAACAUCUAGAGACAUCAAGUCAGCAGUUACGUCCCACUCAGCAGGGAAGAUUACCAACAGGAUAACUGACAAGCGGAAACCAUUGCUGGUGCGACGGGCAACAUCCCUUGGUAUGAAUCUGUUUGACGACAUCAAGGAGGUUCCCCCAGAGGUGAUGCAGGACGUACCGGACCGUGUCGUACAGCUGGUGCAACAGAUGCUGGGUCAGGGGUCACAAGGGUCGCCGACGCACAGCCUUGAGCUUGUGCAGACUGCCGAGAAGAGUCACCAAGUUGUGCUCAAUAUCUGGGACUUCGCGGGUCAGGCCGUGUACUACACCACACACCAGGUAUUCCUGACUGCACGAGCCAUCUAUGUGAUUGUGUUCAACUUAUGUGAUGACCUUACCGGCAAACAGUUACCGGAGAUGCAGGAAAAGGAUGAAGCCGAGGACAGCCUGUCCACUCUCGACUACAUGGACUUCUGGCUGCGCUCAAUACAUGCACAUGCUGCUGAGAACAUGCGCAACAGCGUCGACAACACCAAACUAUCCCCGCCCAUCUUCAUCGUGGGCACUCACCGAGACAGUCUGGCCCUGGACCAUGAUGCUCAGAUGGAGCUGGUUGCCGAUAAGUUCAACCAGCUGCGAGAGUUCCUGACAGGCCAGCCCUACACACAGCACAUCGUGACGCCAUUCUUUGCUGUGGAAAAUAACUCCCUGGGUGGAGAGGAUGUGCAGAUUGAUAAGCUGCGUCAGCACAUCGAGCGGAUCGCCAGCCAGGAGUCGUACAUGGGGGAACAGAUGCCGAUCAAGUGGCUCAAGUUUGAGCAGGAUGUCACGGAGAGGGCAGACACAGGCACACACUACGCCACCGUCGACCAGAUCACCGAGAUGGCAAGUAACCAUGGCAUCACAGACACAGAGGAGGUGACGACACUCCUGGAGUUCUACCACGACCUUGGCGUCAUCAUCCACUAUGGCAGCGCCGGCCCUGCCCACAACGUGCUCCGCAACACGGUCAUCCUGAAGCCACAGUGGCUGGUGGAUAUGUUCAGGAGGAUCAUCACUGCUCGGUCCACUCACGAUCAGUGGGACCUCCUGAGUGACAAGUGGGACCGGCUGGAGAAGCUUGGGAUCCUGGAGGAGCCGCUCCUGGACAUGCUGUGGAGUGAUGCCCUGGACCAGAAGCCCACCCUGCUAGCUCUCAUGGACAAGUUUGAUCUCAUCUGCCGCAGACUGCCACCACGAGGACAGACUCACCGGGAGGAGACACACAGUUACUACGUCCCCAUGCGGCUGGAGAAGCUGGAUGAUCAGCGCCACCUGUACACUCUCUCUGACAAUGUGGCUGUGUUCUACCUCGACUUCAACAACUUCCUCCCAGACGGCCUGUUCUAUCGGAUCCUGACCCGAGCCAUCAGGUGGUCCCAGGACAGUGGAGGCCGAGACCCCUAUCUCUACAGUCGAAUAGCCAAAUUCUUUCUGGACGACUCUCAUGACUUUGUGUUGGAACUGUCACCUAGAGCGUACCACAGAUUAAAGGUUGUCGUCGUGGGCAUCUCCGACUCCAUCUACACCAACCCUGGCUACAACCCCCUCUCCGCAGCCUGUGCCAAGGUGCGGAACUUCCUUGAGUCUACACUGACUGACCUGCGGCAGCUGUGGAUGAAGAGGAUUGCCUGCAAGAUGUGUCUGCGAUGUACGUGUGACAAGGUGUGUGAGCGGCACGGCCUGGCCGGGUGUACCCAGGAGGCCUGCCUCCACUUCCUGGACCUGGACGAAUGUCUCACCUCCAAGAUUGUUUGCUGUGAACAUAGACGGGUGAAAACUGCUGAUGUAAGGAAAUGGUUUCCUCAACCCAAAAUAGGUAAAGAUAUGCCCGAUCCGAUACUGCCUCGAUUGACGUUGGAGAUCACAGGGGGCAACAUAGAGAAGAACGUCCCCAACCUGCCCUCGUGGAUGAAGGGGGCGGCCAAGCUGCUCAACAGUGGGGCCGACGACCAGGACUGGGCAGCACUGGCUAAACUCAUGGGUUACAAACAGGCUCGGAUUGACCAGAUCAACGAGGAUCUAAACCCAGCCCUGGCCCUGCUGACCGACUGGGUGCUGACCAGCGGGAACACCUCCCUCUCGGUCGACCUCAUGAUGGUGUUCCUGGAACAGAUCAAGCGAGACGACAUUGUGGACGUCAUCCAGAAGGCCAAGGAGAGUGAGUCGGACCUGCCGCAGAUCUUCCUGAGCUACCAGUGGGACUCCCAGGACGACGUCCAGAGUCUCCGGGCACGCCUGGAGAGGGCGGGGUUCACCUGCUGGAUGGACAUUGGUCAGAUGGGCGGCGGGGAUCAGCUCAACCUCAAGAUCGAUGAGGGCAUUCGGAACUGUGUGCUGUUCGUCUCCUGCAUCACGCCCAAGUACGUGGUGUCUCACCACUGUAACCGCGAACUGGCCUUGGCAGACAUCUUGAAGAAACCCAUCAUCCCUGUCAUGUUCGAGUCCGUCGUCUGGCCGCCACCUGGGGGCAUGUCUGUCAUCCUCUCUCAGCUCGUCUAUAUCAACAUGAAAGGUGUCGGAGGUCACGGUGGCAGCGGGGUCCAUGCUGACCUCCAGGACAAGCAUAAUGAAAUCAUCAACCGGAUCCUCCUGUACACCAUGCCUGCCGUCCAGCCUUGCAUCGACUCCGCCGUCACGGUUACCGACAUCAGCAAGCAGCAGGACCUGGGCAGCGAGAGCCUGUACGACACCAGUCUCAGUUCCCUCACAGAACCAGACAUCCCCCUGCUCCAAGAGGUGUACCACGCACCCCCCAGCCCCCAUCGCAACCCCGUCGUCGCGCCGCAGCCAGAACCUGCUCAGCGAGCAGCAGCAGCAGCAGCAGCAGCAGCAACAAGGAACGUGGAGCAGGUUCAUGUGACGAAGUGUGCAGUAUGUGUAAUACUGUAGCCCUGAAGGACUUUACUAUACAGGGCUCCAAGUGUGCAGUAUGUGGCAUAUUGUGUAGCCAAGAGGAACUGUCACAGCUUCGAAGGACUUCACUGUACAGGGCUCUAAGUGUGCAGUAUGUGUCAUGUUGUGUAGCCCAGAGAAACAGUCACAGCUUCGAAGGACUUCACUAUACAGGGCUCUAAGUGUGCAGUAUGUGGCAUAUUGUGUAGUCCAGAGGAAAUGUCACAGCUUCAAAGGACUUCACUAUACAGGGCUCUAAGUGUGCAGUAUGUGGCAUAUUGUGUAGCCCAGAGGAACAGCUGAUGAUGAAAUCACUGUAGGUGUCCAGUGAUCGAUCAUUAUCAGUGAUUGGCUAGUGGAUCAAUAACUCCUAAUCAUAUAGACUGGACACAAUGCAUUCAGUGUACCAUUAAGGUCAUCAUUGCUACUGGAACAUGGGUACUCCUGUGCACAUUGGUACCAUCCAGGGCAUCAUUGCUACUGGAACAUGGAUACUCCUGUGGACAUUGGUACCAUCAAGGGCAUUGCUACUGGAACAUGGAUACUCCUGUGGACAUUGGUACCAUCAAGGUCAUCAUUGCUACUGGAACAUGGAUACUCCUGUGGACAUUGGUACCAUCAAGGUCAUUGCUACUGGAACAUGGAUACUCCUGUGGACAUUGGUACCAUCAAGGUCAUCAUUGCUACUGGAACAUGGGUACUCCUGUGCACAUUGGUACCAUCAAGGUCAUUGCUACUGGAACAUGGAUACUCCUGUGGACAUUGGCACCAUCAAGGUCAUUGCUACUGGAACAUGGAUACUCCUGUGGACAUUGGUACCAUCAAGGUCAUCAUUGCUACUGGAAUGUGAAUACUCCUGUGGACAUUGGUACCAUCCAGGUCAUUGCUACUGGAACAUGGGUACUCCUGUGGACAUUGGUACCAUCAAGGUCAUUGCUAUUGGAACAUGGGUACUCCUGUGGACAUUGGUACCAUCAAGGUCAUUGCUUCUGGAACAUGGGUACUCCUGUGGACAUUGGUACCAUCAAGGGCAUUGCUACUGGAACAUGGAUACUCCUGUGGACAUUGGUACCAUCAAGGUCAUCAUUGCUACUGGAACAUGGAUACUCCUGUGGACAUUGGUACCAUCAAGGUCAUUGCUACUGGAACAUGGAUACUCCUGUGGACAUUAGUACCAUCAAGGUCAUCAUUGCUACUGGAACAUGGGUACUCCUGUGGACAUUGGUAAUAUCAAGGUCAUUGCUACUAGAACAUGGGUACUCCUGUGGACAUUGGUACCAUCAAGGUCAUUGCUACUGGAACAUGGAUACUCCUGUGGACAUUGGUACCAUCAAGGUCAUUGCUACUGGAUCAUGGGUACUCCUGUGGACAUUGGUACCAUCAAGGUCAUCAUUGCUACUGGAACAUGGAUACUCCUGUGGACAUUGGUACCAUAAAGAUCUUCAGGGCUACUGGAAUGUGAAUACUUCUGUAGACAUUGUUCCACCAUGAUGUUUGACUUGUACUUGUACUUGUCUAUAAACAAGAAAAAAGACUAAACAAGUUAGGGACUACAUCACAAGUUGUAGCUUUGAGGCGUAUAGAUCUGCGUACAAGUGCGUCCGAGGACUUUACAAGACGUUGCUGAUCCCAUGGUACAAGCAUUAUCUCAACCAACCAAUAGAAAAAAAUUAGCAUUACAAUGCUAAUAAGACAUUUAUUUAAGGUCACUCUGUGAUAGGUAUGAGAGAUGUGUUAACUUGUGAAAGUACAAUGAUUCUGUAUGCAAGAUGUAUAUAAGAAGAAUUAUGAAGUGGGGAUUGAUUGCUGCCACCAGGAUCACACAUGGCAAUGAGUGGAUCAGUUGGCUAUGGGAAAGAUAACUGUUCCUUGUGUUGGCUAUGGUAAAAGAUUUAAUUUAGAACAAAAUGAUUUUACAUUUACAAUUCUGGUAAUUCUUGUGGGAUGUGAAAGACACGAGAAAUGUGUUACUGUGAAACAGUACAGUACUAUUAACAGAUGGUUGAUUGCUAGACAACCCAGGGCAAUAAGAUGCUACCCGGUAAUUAAGUGGCGUCUCCUUGCUUGGUGCUAACUAGUAUCCCUGUGCCCUUGCAAUGUCAAAGCCACUGGCAUUCUCUCUGCAAAGUUAGGCAAGCCAUUUUCGAAUGAUUUUGGGUUCACAAUGAUUUUGUCGGCACCAGUGUCAAACUGAACUGGGAAGAAUGUGAAUAAUCUGGAGAGGAUACGUUCUGGUCUUAGAUGCGAGUCAGAUGAUGGUUCUUGUUACUGAUCUGUUGUUAAUUCCCUGCAACUGUUACCAUGAUUACACACAGCACUGUUAGAGGAAGUAGUUAUACUGAAGUGUAUGAUUGACCUAUCAGUAUCACCAGUCUGUCAGCGAGUGAGUUGGGUUUCACAUCGCUUUUAUUCCAGCAGAAAUGGAUUGAACACAUGUCCAGAUUCACAGGGUCUGGACUGGCUUUCACUGUAGACUGAAGACCACAAAGCUUCUUAUCUCUUUGACUGUCAUAAGUACAUGUAUUUUGAAAUAUGGGAGGAGUUGCACAGGAAUCUACUUAGACAUUCUCAGAGGUGAUAGCUUUGCAUGUGUGACUUGAUUGUUUUUCCUUGCAAAGGUCACUUAAAUCAAGGGCCCAAUGAAGGUGGCUGGACAUUGCAUUAUUAGGUGGUUUGAAAGGUGCCACAAUGCUGUCAGAUUUUACAUGAUUUGUGAAUUGUGGGUAUGUUUUUUACACUUGCAGACAGGGCCUAAUGCAAGUGUAUACAGUAAACUAUGUUUAUGAUGAAUGCGCUUAUAUGAAAUGACAAAUAUGACGAACUUAUUUUUUAGUCCCGGCCAUUUGUUGUAUAUAUGCUGUACAUGUUUUUAUUACGAACUAAAAUUAGUGGUCCCUUUGAGUUCAUUAUAACCAUAGUUUACUGUUUAUUUGUUAACAUAUCUAUAUUAAUCCGUCCGUUGGAAUACCAAUCACAAGUUUCAACACAUCUUCAGCUUACUGUGUGUGUGACACUUUUGUCCAAAAUUGCUUCUUAGGAAACAAAUUCCUUAUUGAAUAUUGUUUUGUUUCCUAUCAUACCUUCAAUGCAGAAUGUGCUAUUCAACUGACCUAGUUGACUUCUUGUAUUCAUCUAGUAUUCUUGUAUUGAUCAUGAUGUUAGUGCUUAGCGUCUCACAGAGAUAAAAUGCAGGCCGCCAUGUGCACAAGGCUUAGAAUGGCGUGCUUGUAUGACAUGCAGUUUGGUCCAGUGGUUGCUGGUUAGGGGCGCUUGAUAUGGUAGUACUUAAAGUAUGAAUUUAAAACUGGGGGGAAUAUUAUGGUCGUCUUCAAACAUGUCACAAGGAGCAAACAAUUCUAAUGCCAAGUGAGUUUCAGUGUUUGGAUUGUUGCAAGAUGUUGCACUACCUGUAGAAAUGUACACGUGAGUAUUAUCUACCCCACUCUCAGUACCGAGUAGUUUGUUGUCGAACUGAGCAAUCGGUGCCAAGUGAUAUCGGGAGCAACGUUCCAUAUCACUUGGAAACAACGACACACAUAAACACAAGUCCUGGAUGAUGACCACCGGAUCCAUGACGUCCUCUCAUGACAAGCACAGGUUUACUGCAGGAGUAGGGAGGACGGAGAGUGAACUUCUGUCUUGUAGUUGCGCCAGUCUCCAGCUUGACAAGCCAGGCACUCCCAGAUCAGUCCUGGUACACACAAACCAAGUACCUGUAACAGCAACUUUACACCAUUUCUUAUUUGCGUUUGUCCAGUAAGUAAGUGAUUUCUUUCUGUAUCAUAUUUGAAGCUGUCAUCAAAAUCAUCACAGAUGGUGUCACAAUUGAACAGAUGUGUCAUCUAACUUUCAUAGGAUCUUAGAACAUGGCCAGAGACUAAUCAGAAAGCUAGAUUAUUUAAUGAGUAAUAAUAGAUUUCAUAGUAAUAUAAUUCUUAGUUGAGUGUCAUGUAUGGACUUGAAGAUGUGGAAGUGCACAUCUGUAAAUGGGUAUUCUGCCAAGCUGUAUUACUUGUAAGGUCUUUGUUUCUUAUUCUCAUAUGUACAUUCUCCUAUCAUGUAAUUUUAUUGUGUACAUAAUUUGUAUAAUUACAUCUGACAUGUACAUAUGUAGACAUGUAUCAAUAAAAUAUACAUUUCCAUUCU